CUUCGACCAAUUGGCGUUCGUUUAAGUUGGUUCAUGGCCUUAUAAAAAAAAAGAGGUCGUCCAAUCAGAAUUUUGACCAUGCUGGUAUAUAAUGCCUGCGUGAUUACCACUAUUGUUGUUCACAGUUAUGGCACGUACGAAACAGACAGCUCGCAAAAGUACGGGUGGUAAGGCUCCGCGAAAACAGUUGGCUACCAAGGCGGCACGAAAAAGUGCACCAGCGACUGGUGGUGUUAAGAAACCUCAUCGUUAUCGGCCUGGAACAGUUGCUUUACGUGAGAUUCGUCGUUAUCAAAAAUCAACCGAACUAUUGAUACGCAAACUGCCUUUCCAGCGAUUGGUGCGCGAGAUUGCUCAAGACUUCAAGACCGACCUUCGUUUCCAAAGCUCUGCAGUUUCUGCUCUUCAAGAAGCUAGCGAAGCUUACCUUGUUGGACUUUUCGAAGACACUAACUUGUGCGCCAUCCAUGCCAAACGUGUAACUAUUAUGCCAAAGGACAUCCAGUUGGCUCGCCGAAUUCGAGGUGAACGCGCAUAAGUCGACCUUUGAUAUGAUUGCUCUGUGAACGCCAAACGGCCCUUUUUAGGGCCACACAACAUGAUUUUGAGUUCUGUCUACCGGUAUUCAAUAAAUUAGGAAACCAAGAGGGGUUA